AUGAUGGAAGGAAGCGAAAUUGAGCCGGGGGCCGCAAAGUAAGGUAAAUUUCGGGGGAAAAAAGUUUAACCAACAUCUCCUAAGGGCUUAUACAGUAUUUCCAAUCUAUUUUUGUCCCCAAAAAGCACCCGGAAUGCGCUAAAAAACGGGAUUUUUGACUGUUUACUGGCUCAUUUGCGUAAUUAUGUGUCAAAAUCUUUGCGUACGACCGAGUUCCGUCCCUGAUAAGGCCCAUUCCCAUCCUGUUCCGUCUCCAUGCCAACGGGGAAAGCGGCUUUUGCGCCGCAUCGUUCGCCGCUGCUGAUCCCCUCGGGCCAAAUUCGUAAAUAUUGAUAGGCAAGGGCUUCUAUCGGCUUUAUUCUCGCAUUACACCCCAUUUCCAAGGGUUUCCCGGCCAAAUAUUGCGGGAUUUUCGGCUGUAUUUGACUAGAAUUAUAUUGCACAUGCCAACGUAUAGGUAAGAAUUGGGGAUUUUUGGGGUUUCAGAAAGAGCUGAGGGCUUGAAAUGGCUUGUAAGGAAUUUUGGAGAAGUUUGAGAUAUUUUGAAAUCGUAUUUUAGCCAAAAAAAUCAAAUAUUUGACAAAAAUCAUGAUUUUUGGGGAAAUUUGAUGAUUUUUUGCAAUUUUCUCUAGUUUAAAAUCAAGAUAGCCGCCUGCAAUUUUAGACAUACCUCUUUUAAGGUUUAAAUAUUAUAGCCACAUCAAAAUUUCGUCCAAAAAUGUUUAGUAUCACCUAAAAUACGACGAUUUUUUCCUUGAAUUGUCAUCAUUUUUUAGCUCGCUCCCAACCCUCACCGAUAUCGCUCAGAUUCCGGACGCGACCACCAGUCGAGAAGAGGACACCAAUCGGAAUGCAUACCCAACAACGUCGCGGUCAGUUCACGGCGCUGUCGCCGGAGGCGAUCGCUCGAAACGUCGUGGGACCGCGAAAAGAAAGCCCAGGCCUCGAACGGGAAGUGAUAAUGAUGUCCGCAGGCUAAGGUAGGUGGAUUUUUUGGAGAAUUUGGGGGUAAAAUACGGGGUGAUUUCGAUCGCGGGUUAAAAUUUUGAGUUUGGGUCUAACAGUUAUAUUACACUUGACAAAAAUCGAUGAUUUUUUUACCUUUUGAAGGUUGGAUUUGCAAAAAAAAAACUUUUUGAAGACUAGUGUGAGGUAGGAGACAUCUAAAAAUACUAGAUUUGAGCCACUGCAGUCAAAAAAUUAUAUUACACUAGAUAAAAAUUGAUGAUUUUUUUGACUUUUUGAAGGUUAAUAUUGCAAGAAAACAUUUUUGAAGGCUAUUUUGAGGUAGGAGACAUCUCAAAAUACUAGAUUUGAGGCAUUGCCGUGAAAAAAUUAUAUUACACUACAGGGUGUUUCAAGAAAUUUGGAACAAAUGACUUGCUUAUAUCUUUUUGUUCUUUGAAGCUAUCAACGAAUUUCUUUUUGCUUCUAAAAAUUGACAGCGUGCGUUUUUAGAAUCUCAAAAAAUUUUUUUUCGUCGGCGGAGGGCCCAUUUCUCGGCGGAGAAAAUUAGGGCCUUUUUUAAAAAUCACAGCGUAUUACGUGGCGGAAACGCCGUUGCAACGGCUGAAAUCAAGUUUACGUAAUACCUCCGUCGAUUUUACGGUAUGCAUUUUUUUGUUUUCGAUUUUACGCGCACCGCGGAGGCGCGGCGGAGACUUCAGAUUUCGGCGGACGUUGUUUUGGGCCUUCGGCUGUUGCAAUUCAUGUUGGAAAAGAGGUUGGGGUGAUUUUUUGUUGUCAUCCGAUGCACAGAAGGCAAAAAUUUCGUGCUUUUUUCCCCGGCGGAGGAUUCGGCGGAGGCUUUAUCAAAGGGUCAAAGCUGUCUUACGAGUCCGGGAAAAAUCUCAGCUACAAGAAUCCAUCAGAGCAGCAUUGUCUUUCAAAGAUUUUUGAUUUUUUUGGUCCGGCGGACAAAUCGGCGGAGUUUUGUUUUUACCCUUUGAUAAAGCCUCCGCCGACUCCUCCGCCGGGGAUAAAAAGCACGAAAUUUUUGCCAUCUGUGCAUCGGAUGACAACAAAAAAUCACCCAAACCUCCUUUUCCAACAUGAAUUGCAAAAGCCGAAGGCCCAAAACGACGUCCGCCGAAAUCUGAGGUCUCCGCCGCGCAUCCGCGGAAGUGCGUAAAAUCGAAAACGCAAAAAAUGCAUACCGUAAAAUCGAUGGAGGUAUUACGUAAACUUGAUUUCAGCCGUUGCAACGGCGUUUCCGCCACGUAAUACGCUGUGAUUUUUAAAAAAGGCCCUAAUUUUCUCCGCCGAGAAAUGGGCCCUCCGCCGACGAAAAAAAUUUUUUUUGAGAUUCUAAAAACGCACGCUGUCAAUUUUUAGAAGCAAAAAGAAAUUCGUUGAUAGCUUCAAAGAACACAAAGAUAUAAGCAAAUCAUUUGUUCCAAAUUUCUUGAAACACCCUGUAGAUAAAAAUUGAUGAUUUUUUGACGUUUCAACGUGUAUUUUGCCAAAAAACACAAGCUAAUGUGUUUUUACAACCUUUUCAAUGUUUUUCCUUGAAACUGAUACCCAUAUCACACUCUGAAAUAUCGGAUUUCCCAAAAACGGACCUUACACUUGAUGUCAAUCUCGAUUUUUGCUCAAAAGACGGGAUUAAUCCGGCUGAACGGAUGUGCUAAUCCGUGUAACACACCUUCUAGUCUGUUGUGGCCCAUUUUGCAGAGUUUCGGGCAACAGGCCGAGGGUUUACGGGCUAAAAUACCCGAAUUUCCGGAUAUUUUCGAGGUUUUCGGCGAUCAUGGCUAUUCAAGUGGAAUUCCGGCGGCGGGACGGCACGGCCAGGUGGGCCAAGGAGAUUUUAGAGUGUUAUGAAGGGGACGGCGGGAGCUGUGGUCAUUUCCGGCGGGGCAGCGUGCCGUUUUUGUCGUCCCAUUGUGCCAAAAAAGCGCCGAAACGAAAGCCUUCGAAUUUGGAGGCGAAUUUUUGGAUUUUUCCGAGGCCCAAUGGCCUCGCCACGAAGCCCAGGCCCUCGCCGCUUGUUUGCUCUCGCUUCGGGACGCCCUCCGCGUCCCAUGCGGUCUGUGCGCGCCCGGCGGCUUAUAGCGCUGGAUUCGGGGCGCUUUUUCUCUUUUAUUAGUUCACGGCAUUUGACCCCGGAGGCCCUCAACACUUGCGGUUUUUAUCGAAAGUUCCGGCUAGAACAUUGGAAUUAUGGAUUUUUGAAUUUGUCGCGAAAAAAAUGCGAAAAAACCCCAAUUUUCCCGGUUUUUCGGCAAUUUUUCGCGGGAAAAUGGGAAAAUCCGGAAGAAGUUGAUGUUUUCCCUCGAAAUUCAUGUUGUAUUUUAGUGGAUUAUGAUGUCUUCUUCCUCUAUCUACCUGGUGAAUCCGGUUUUACUUCGGUUUGCAUCGAUUUUCAUCGAUUUUCCGCUCAAAAACAGCUGUUUUCCGCGAAUUUUUGGAUUUUCUUUUCGGUUUUACUCUAAUUAGGUAAUAAAAUUGUUCAAUUUAGCUAAAUUAUCAAGAAACAUGUCUGUUUACACCUAUUCCCCUUUAAUUUUACAUCGAAUUCCCAAAUUUUCGAAAUUUUUUCGAUUUUGUUACCUAAAAUUAUAUUAUCCAUCGGAAAAUCGAGCCGUCGUCUUGUCUUUGCCUGUUUUUUGGAAGGUCUAAGCGCCAAACAGGGAUUUCGAGUUGUUUACAUUCGAUUUCAAGCACAUUGCGCAAUCUUUGCACUCCUUGGCCAUGAAUAAUGUAGGGUAAUGGUCCACAAACAAGGUGUAGGUGUUCCAUUGUGUUGCGAAAUCGUUGUAGUACGUGCAUACGUUUUGUUGAAUGAUGUGACGCAACACUUGGCAAUUGAAUGGAGGGGAAUUGCAGGAAAUUUCGAAAUCUCCCGGAUUUUUGCUAAAUCUCCGGGAAAGGAAAGAAAUUUUUAAUUGUUUUUGGGGGAUUUCUUUGAUAACAAGUUGGCGGAUGUCAUACUACAUGUCUGGGAAGGCUUUUCACCCCAGACAAGUCGAGUUUCAUUUAUUUUUUGGCCAAUUUUCUCCGGCUGGAGCAUGGAUAAGAUAAUUUAGGUAAGAAGUUGUCGAUAUUUCAAAUUUUCGUGGCAAAUUGUUGAUGAAAAAGAUGCUUGAAGGUGGUUUAGAGCUAUUUGAUUUAUUGCUGCCUCUUAGUUCGAGCUUCGACAUUGAUUUUGAGGCAAAUUUUUCGUCUGGCCAAUGGGUAAUGUAGUUUUGGUCUUUUCUCCGAGAUUUUUUGAUAUUUUUAAGGGAAUUCUUGCUGGAUAUGUUGUCUAGGACUAUGUUAGAGGUGCUCAUUGACUUUUUGUCCCAAGAAUUUUGCGAUAACAUCAGUUUUAAAUAAUUUUUUUAUCAGUCUGAUGGAUAAUAUAAUUUUGAUAAUUUCUCCGGGUUUUUUUGAUAUUUCCUGAUAAAUUACUGUUUAAUAAGUUGCCUAAGACCAUUGCGGAAGUGUUGAUUUAGUUUUUAUCUCCAGAAAAAGCUAUAAAAUAGAUUUUUUUUUCAAAUUUCCCAUCAGAACCAUGUAUAAUAUAGGGUUUGCAGGAUUUUGUAUAAUUUUCGGGCCAAGAGCUUAGCAACAGUUUGUCCCCAAGUCAAACACCAUGACGUAGAGACUGAAGGCCCUCCAAACUACUUGCAAAGCUUGAAAGCUCGCAAGUCAAAACGAAUUCUAAGGCCAGGUGUUCGAACUCCCCUCCCGGGCGGGGGUUUCGGCCCACAAAACACGGGGAGACCGGGAUUUUCAGAUGUUUACGUGAUUAUAGUCUCCUGAGUGAUUUUUUAUUACGAUUUGGGGUUGAUUUGUCUCAAAAUUAUCAUGGGUAAUAUAAAUUUUUUUGUGGAAAUGAGAUUUUUAAUCCAAUUUUUGUUUAGAAAGAAGAAUUGGGAGGUCGGAAAUUCAAUGAGAGCAAAAAUAUUGGUUGCUGGCUCUAUCUGAAUCGUUUUUUGAUCAAAUUUGGCCGGUUUUGUUAUCAAAAUUGGAUCUGGAACGGGUUGAGUCAGCUUGGGAAACCGCAAGAUCUAUGAGAGAUGAACGGAACAGCAUUUUGAAACUCGAUGUUGAUUAGGAAGUAGUUUGGAGCGUGCAGUUGCAUCUGCAAAGCUGUGAUCGUGUCAGCGGGGACUUUUUUUGGCUUCGCCGUUUUCUAGAGAGAUUCCGGGUUACAUUUUAAACCUAAGGAGCACAUCUAUCCCCAAGGUCAAAUAGCAAAUGGGUCGCCAAAGCUGGACAUGGUAACCGGAUGUUUGCUGAAUCCACACUACCAGACCACCAUGGAGUUCGUACGAAAAGCGAAGGCUUGCACAGGCGAUUACACGUCUAGAUCACAUGAUAAAAACGUCAUUUAAAACUUUUGGAAAGCGUUAAUGGAAGAAAAUCACCAGUUUGGGUAGCUCUGCAUCAAACAUGGUUUAACGCGUUCAAACCCGUCUAAACCUGGCCGAAUGUGUCCCCAUACCAGUCCUAGUAAUCAGUGGAGGACUCACUCAUUACUAGGAUUGUUUGUUAAAUUGUGGUUAUUAGUAAAAGAUUGAAUUAAACCACGUGGUCAUAUCAUUUUGUCCAGCCGAUUUUUGGCGGUUUCGCGUUUUUCCAAAUUUUACUCACCUUGCACUUUUUGAAAUCCUUUGAUACUUUUUGGGUACAUGUUACAUUGCUCCAUACUCACUUUCACCAAAUAUUAAAGCAAUUCAUUUACCAUGGACAAAUUGCCAGCGCAAAAUUGCGGUGGUCAUAUCAUUUUGUCCAGCAGUGUAUUUCUCACGACAAAAUUGCAGAACUCGUAUUUUAGCGAUUUCCCUCGCUGAAAUCGAGAUUUUUCGAAGUUGAUCAUCAAAAUUGAUGUUAUCCUUGAUUUUUCUGAUAGUUUGGAGGUAUUUAUAGGUAAAAUAAUGUUGAUUGUGGAGCCUAAAGUUAUAUCUUUCUACUGAAACCAUUUUUUCCAUGUAUUUUAUCCAUUUUCCCACCUAAAUCGAGAGUUUUCCACCUUCUCCAUCAGAAAAUUGAUAUUAUCUUUGAGUUUCUUGGUAUUUUAUAGGUUUUACUGGGUGAAUAUGUUUCCAUUUUGUAGCUUAAGGUCUUGGGUUUUGGUUAAACACUCUGGCCACGCAUGUUAUACCGAUUUUCCCACGUAAAUCGAGAUUUUUCGACCUUCUCCAUCAGAAAAUUGAUAUUAUCCUUUAUUUUCUCGGUAUUUUGGAGGUAUUCGUAGGUAAAAUAAUGUUUAUUAUGGAGCCUAAGGUCCCGGCUUUCUAUUGAAACCAUGUUUGCCCCAUAUUCUACCCAUUUUCCCACCUAAAUCGAGAUUUUUCGACCUUCUCCAUCAGAAAAUUGAUAUAAUCCUUUAUUUUCUUAAAAAUUUGGAGGUAUUUAAAGGUAAAAUAGUGUUUAUUGUGGAGCCUAAGGUCCUGUCUUUCUAUUGAAACCAUUUUUGCCCCAUAUUCUUCCCUUUUUCCCACCUAAAUCGAGAGUUUUCCACCUUCACCAUGAGCAAUUUGCAAAUUUUAGUCGCUUAGUCGUCGGAACGCCCCGCUUCGAGGCCUUAAUGAAUAAAAAAUGUCGCCGCCGACGACCCCGCGCGUCGCUGACCCCGUCCACGUUGAUAUGGGGGAGGUCGGCGACGGCGCGCACGACCAGGAAACGGAGGACGUCGCCCGGCCAAGUCAUAUAACCCAACAUAAGGCCAAAACCCCCGAACAUCGGUAGGGCAAAGCGUUGAUAAUAAGUGUACUAGGGCUAAUAGAAGCUAUGGAAGAGAAUUUUGGGGGAAUUUGAAAAAUUCGGUAUAUUGUAGUAGGUAAAAUCACCUAAAAUAAGGUGAAAUUUGAUGGGCAUGGAUGAAGUAAAGGCGAGACAUGGGUGUUUAAAGGUUGGGAAAUCAUUUUUGGUAUGUUAUCAUGGCGAAUUCAGAGGUAAAUGGGAGUCAUUUUUGAAAAAAAUUAUGUACAGUGGGGGACCUGAUCCAGUGGCAACAGUUGCCAAGAUGCGGUAGUACAGCCCUUUUUUUCUGAAAACACAUAAAUUUCUACACUAAUCUCUCUUUUCGCUGUUGUUUUCACCAAAAACGUAACUUUUUUCUUCUACGUAUAAAAUGGCAAACAACAUUUUCACAAAGCUCGGGCGCAGCCCACAAAAACAGUUUUUGAAGAAAAUAACGUGCAAGUGGCGAAAAACGUACCAUUUUGCAUCCAGGAAGCAUCAGAAAUGUGGCAAAAUGCCUCCCUCUCAAGGGAAAAAACUUCGUUUUGAAGGGCCCUCGCAAAAAGAGCUGGCUCGCUUUUGAAAUCGGAGUUUUUUCACUUGGAGAGGGAAGCAUUUUGCCACAUUUUUGCUACUUCCCGGAUGCAAAAUAUUACGUUUUUUGCCACGAGCACGUUAUUUUCUUCAAAAAUUGUUUUUGUGGGCUGCACCCGAACUUUGUGAAAAUGUUGUUUGCCAUUUUAUACGUAGAAGAAAAAAAGUUCCGUUUUUGGUGAAAACAACAGUGAAAAGAGAAAUUAAUGUAUAAUUUUAUGUGUUUUCAGAAAAAAAGACUGUAAUACCGCAUCUUGGCAACUGCUGCUACUGGAUCGUGUCCCUCACUGUAAAAUAAGGUAAUUUUUGCCUAUUUUUUGACCUGAAUGGGAUGAAAAGUAGGUGAAAAGUUGGGUUAGAGUGGGAAUUUAGCCAGAAUGUGUAAAAAGGUCUUUUGUUUUUCCAUGUUUUACCAAAAAAUCCCGUUUUAGGCCGUUCAUCGCCUCCCCAUUUAUGCCGAUAACUACCAAGUCGAAGAACGAGGUCGUGGAACAGCCCCGGAAACUCAAAGAGCCCCGAAGCCGCUCACCCACCAAGUAUGGAGCACUGGCGCACAAGAGGUCGGACGCGGACCAGCGAAGAGCCGAACUUUUGCCGCUGCAGGCUGCGCCCGAGCCUUCCCCCGAUUCGCUCGCCGUGACGCCGGCGGACCCGGUGCAGCCCCGGAAACGCUCGGAUUCGGAGUCGUCGCACAGUUCGGACGCCUCGGAGUCCUCCAGCAGCUCCGACUCCUCCGACUCGUCUUACACCAGGUUCAGCGACCUGACCCGAAAACAAUGGGCCACGAUGGGCAUGCUGGCCAUUGCGAAUUUGUGCUCAACAGUUGCAUUCUCAUGCAUAGCCCCGUUUUAUCCCGGCGAGGCCACCGACAAAGGCAUGAACUCGACGGAAAUUGGAAUUGUCUUUGGAGUUUUUGAACUGGUCAUGUUUGUCACAGCACCAUUGCUCGGGAAAUAUGUAGGUUCUUUGGGGAUUUUUGAGGCCAAUGGAGGAAUUUCGAGCCUAUGAGAGGCAUUUUGGAUCGGGUUUUGAUCAAAAUUUUGGUGGGUUAGAUCAUGGUGAAUAUAAUUUUUGCCGAGUUUUGGAGCGUUUUGGAUUAAGAAGUGUAGAAAAGUCCCUGAAAAUUGAUUUGAGGAGGCUUGGGGUGGUUUUUAAACUGUAUUUUGGUCAAAAUUUUGAUGGCUUUUGUCAUGGUGAAUAUAAAUUUUGUCGAAAUUUGAUAUCGUUUGGGUUUUGAAAGGUGUAUUCUUUACUAAAAUGGGGAUAGAAAUAACUUUUGUUGUAUUUACAGUGAGAUUUUGCGAUUUUUUGGAUCAACUUUUGUCAUGGUGAAUAUAAUUUUUGUUGAAAUUUGAUAUCGUUUGGGUUUUGAAAGGUGUAUUCUCUACUAACAUGGGGAUAAAAGUAACUUUUGUUGUAUUUACAUUGAGAUUUUGCGACUUUUUGGAUCAAAUUUUGUCAUGGUGAAUAUAAUUUUUGAGAAUUUUGUUCUGGAAAUCAUAGUAAAAUACGACCUAGGACAAUUUAAUAUAAAUUUAAAAAUUUAAUACAAAAUAUUUUCAGAUGACCACAAUCGGGUCGAAGCGCAUGUUCACGGUGGGUUUGUUCAUGACCGGCGUGACGGCCAUCCUGUUCGGGUUCCUCAACUUGCUGCCGGCGGGUAGUCUGUUUUUCUGGGCCUCGCUGGUGAUCCGAUGCCUGGAGGCGCUGGGAGACGCCUGCUUUGUGACUUCCUCAUUCGCCAUCAGUGCCAAAUGUUUUCCCGGGCGAAUCGCGACGGUUGUGGUGAGUUGGGCGAACGGCAGCUCGCGCCCUGGGCUGGGAAAGGAAUGAAAGGGGGAUUAGGGCUAAAUUAUGAUGUAGAAUGUGUCGGUGAUUAGUAAUAUAAGUUUUAAAAUGAUUUUUGAUGUUUUUUAUUUUUUGAUUUUUGGCAGCUCGCGCCCUAGGUUGGGAAUGAAAAAAGGGGAUUUGGGGUAAAUUAUGAUGUACAGGGUGGUUCAGCCGAAGCUUCCAUCCUUAUUUCAAGCAUUUCUCCGCCUAUAAUGCACCAAUUUUUAUAAAAUUUAUAUCAAAUUGAAGCUGAAGUUUCCCAUUUUUUGUCCACCAAAUAUGACAGGCCCAAGUUCAAGGAUACCCCCGUACUGACCUUUGACAUUUUCAUUCCAAAUUUUGGAGCCCGAAAUCGGUGAAAAUUAGAAAAUUUUUGGAAUGAUUUUCAAUUGAGUUUCUCGGACUUGGAAAAUUUUUGGAUUUGCGGCAAAAACAAAGUCGCCAAAUUCAAUGAAAAUUUUUUAAAAAAGUAAGGUUCACAGAAGUAGCAAGUGCCUAAAAAGCAUAUUUCAAUCCGGCGAGGCACCAAAUCGAACGAUUGAAAACGAAAGCUCUUUUCUCGGGCAAUUCAGGCCUUACAACUUGUUAUUUAUCUUCAGGGUGGAUUUCGUCAUCCACAUAGACAGUCUCGCCCAUUUUUUCGUAUUUUUUAAAAUUUCGAUUAACAAAGCCUGUUACCCCAGAACACAAGAGCAAUGCCUUCAAGAUUAAUUAGGAGUAUUCCGUUGACUGCGGUCAAUUUUUUCAGCAACUUCUGAAUGUCAUAUUUAGCCAAAGACUCGAAUAUUUUCCAAGUACGAAAACUUAAUUGAAAAUCAUUGCAAAAAUUUUCUAAGUUUCACCGAUUUCGGGCUCUAAAAUUUGGAAUGAAAAUGUCAAGGGUCAGUACGGGGGUAUCCUUAAACUUGGGCCUGUCAUAUUUGGUGGACAAAAAAUGGAGAACUUCAGCUUCAAUUUGAUAUAAAUUUUAUAAAAAAUGGUGCAUUAUCGGCGGAGAAAUACUUGAAAUAAGGAUGGAAGCUUCGGCUGAACCACCCUGUAGAAAGCAUCAAGGAUAAUGCUAAAAAGUAUUAAAACAAUUUUUAAUGUUUUUAUUUUCUGAUUUUUUGGCAGCUCGCGCCCUAGCUUUGUCUCGGAAAUCUUGAAAAAUUGGAGAAAUUUUUUGAUUUUUUGAUGAUUUUUGCCAAAUAAUUUUUUUUUUCAGGGUCUAAUCGAGACAUUUGCGGGUCUGGGCUACACCGCUGGACCGGUGAUCGGCGCCGUUUUGUACGAAUACGGCGGAUUUCAAAUGCCAUUUUUGGUGCUGGGAUUCUUAUUAAUCCUGGCGACGGUGGUCUCAAUUUUCCUGGUAGAGGAUAUCGAGGACGAGGAAGCGGAGGACACGAAGGGAAUGCUCGGCAUGCUCAAAAUGCCCGUGAUUUGGCUCAUGGUUUUCGCGGUGGUGAUUUGCGCCAUCUCGUUGAGCUUUUUCGACCCAACGUUGGCGGCUCAUCUGGAAUCGGUAGGUUGAAGUUUGUGUUGAAUUAGUGCUUCGAUGUUUAGGAAAGUUGGAAGAAAAAUCAACCGCAAAUUUUUGACUGCACAGUGCAGCGGAAAAUAAACCAUUUUUUGGCUGGAUUUUCGCCAAUUUUUUGUGGAAAAAAUUAAUUUUUUUCAUGCACAUUCUACUCAUCAUUCUAGACAAAGUCCAAAUUUUUCAAUUUGAAAAUCAAAAAAAAAAAUUUUUUAUUUUUCGAUCAAAAAAUUUCGAUUAUUUUUUUUCAAACCACAAGAAAAUCAUCCCAUAGACCGUUUAGAAAAUUCCAUUCAACUAUACUACUAGUCGUUCCAGAAAGUGCGUGCACUUUUUUCCGCCUUUUUUGCACCGCACAGUGCAAGUUUUCGAGUUCCCCGCGCGACGCGAUCCUUUUCGAAACAUUUUGCACUGUGCAAUUUCCCCAAAGUUCGCGCCGCCUCCGUUGAGAAAAGCCUGCGUCGCUGCGACAUUGCAAUUGCACGGUGCAAAGGUCAAAUGCACCCCGCAAGAAGGGAAUUUUGUGCACAGUGCGGUCCACGACAAAGAGUGCACGCACUUUCUGGAACGACUAGUAGUCGAAUUCCAUCGAUUGCGACCCCGCAUCGAUUGCGACCCAGCAUCGAUUGCGACCCAGCAUCGAUUGCGACCCCGCAACGAUUGCGACCCAAAAUGGGGUAAAGCGACCCCGGGAUGAAAAUUCCUUGAUUCUCUUCGGGAAAAACUUGAUUUAGGGGUUUUCGAGGGUGCUGAAUUCGAAAAUGAUGUUUAUUUUUCCUCUAGUACUACAUAGUGCUGUCUGAUACUGUAUAGUACGAAGUCAAAAUAUCGCUUUUGACGUUAAAUACUCGAUUUAGGGGUUUUCGAGGGUGCUGAAUUCGAAAAUGAUGUUUAUUUUUCCUCUAGUACUACAUAGUGCUGUCUGAUACUAUAUAGUACGAAGUCAAAAUAUCGCUUUUGACGUUAAAUACUCGAUUUAGGGGUUUUCGAGGGUGCUGAAUUCGAAAAUGAUGUUUAUUUUUCCUCUAGUACUACAUAGUGCUAUCUGAUACUAUAUAGUACGAAGUCAAAAUAUCGCUUUUGACGUUAAAUACUCGAUUUAGGGGUUUUCGAGGGUGCUGAAUUCGAAAAUGAUGUUCAUUUUUCCUCUAGUACUACAUAGUACUGUCUGAUACUAUAUAGUACGAAGUCAAAAUAUCACUUUUGACGUUAAUGCUGUUGUUUUGAUGCUUAGUACUCUUCAAAAACACGUUUUAAAGGCUUGGUGCUAUAUAGUACUGUCUGAUACUAUAUAGUACGAAGUCAAAAUAUGGCUUUUGACGUUAAUGGUGUUGUUUUGAUGCUUGGUACUCUUCAAAAACACGUUUUAAAGGCUUGGUGCUAUAUAGUACUGUCUGAUACUAUAUAGUACGAAGUCAAAAUAUCGCUUUUAACGUUAAUGGUGUUGUUUUGAUGCUUAGUACUCUUCAAAAACACGUUUUAAAAGCUUGGUGCUAUAUAGUACUGUCUGAUACUAUAUAGUACGAAGUCAAAAUAUCGCUUUUAACGUUAAUGGUGUUGUUUUGAUGCUUAGUACUCUUCAAAAACACGUUUUAAAAGCUUGGUGCUAUAUAGUACUGUCUGAUACUAUAUAGUACGAAGUCAAAAUAUCGCUUUUGACGUUAAUGGUGUUGUUUUGAUGCUUGGUACUCUUCAAAAACACGUUUCAAAGGCUUGGUGCUAUAUAGUACUGUCUGAUACUAUAUAGUACGAAGUCAAAAUAUCGCUUUUGACGUUAAUGGUGUUGUUUUGAUGCUUGGUAUUCUUCAAAAACACGUUUUAAAGACUUGGUGCUAUAUAGUACUGUCUGAUACUAUAUAGUACGAAGUCAAAAUAUCGCUUUUGACGUUAAAUACUCGAUUUAGGGGUUUUCGAGGGUGCUGAUUUCGAAUAUCAUGUUCAUUUUUUCUGAAACUUGCAAGUUUUCCUUAACUAGUGGUGUUAAAAAGUAAUUUUUUAAAAUUUUUCAAAAAAUACUCGAUUUAGGGGUUUUCGAAGGUGCUGAUUUCGAGUAUCGGGUUUAUUUUUUGGGGUUAGUCGCUGACUAUGAUGUUUAAGACGUGUUUUUUAUGUCAGGUCGCGACAAAGCUCGCGACCACGGUCGAUGCGGUUGCUCAAAAACCUCUGGAAAUGGGGUUAGUGUUUGAUUAUGACGGUCAAGAAAUUUCUUUUAAUUAUGUUUUUUUCGUUUUCAUAUACCUUUUCACAUUUUUUAACUCGUUUGGAUAACGCAUCAUUUUAUAAUAUAAAAGAUGAAACAAUAAAAAGAAUUGAUGAUGAAAAUAUUAGAAUUGAUGUGAAAUGUUUGUUGAGGUCACCGAUGAAAUAUGCUUGAGGUACGCCUUAAAAUAAAAAUUAAAGCAAAAAGUUCCUUAUUUUGGCCACAAUAAAGGUACUCCGCGAACUGCGCCCAAGCUUGGGCACUUAGAAAAUAACUAAAUCCACUGCCCGGGCAUUGAGAACGAUGAAUUCAACGUGCACGCUAAAUUUGGGCUAAUUCCGACCAGUUUCCGCAAAGUUAUAAGUUGUGGCCAAAAUAAGGAACUCUAACCAAAUUAAACACUUUAAAUGCCCCCCUCCGCAUCCCUCUUUUUUACAGUCCAGUUCUUUACGGCUUCAUCUGCUCCAUAAUCAAUCCGGUUUCUUUGGCCUUCUUCGUCGGUGGUUCGGUGCUAUCAUACAGAUUGACAAUAUGGGCAAAAAGGAGAGAUACCACGGUGGGUGAUAACUUUUUACACAUAUACUGUAGCAUAAAACAGUUAUCAAUUGACAGACUAUCAAGGAGCCGUCUGAGAGAGCGUGGAUCGUACUCAGUGUUUUUCAAAAGUCCUUCAACUAAAACUCGGCGACGGAACGGAAGUGUUUCAAAAAUGAUGUUGAAAAUCUGCAGUAGAUUAGUCAAGACUCCCAGCCAUGUGAAAAAGUACAACGCGGACGCCAUCAAUGCAUUCGUUGCCGCCAUGUUAUGAUAGCAUGCCGCAAUUACAGUUUUUUUGCCGUCGGGAGAAUAGGGAACUGUGCAAUUCCAGGAAGUAACCGUCGCAGAGCUGCUACCGGCGAGAUUAAUGAGAGGUCCAACCAUCCCCAUAUUGUUUAAAAUUGGCUGCAACUUCAACCACCACAUGAUAAUUAGAAAAAUCGUAUGAAUGAUGUGGUAGACCAUACAGAACAACGUCGUCUUGAAGGUGGUGUCCCUUCGUUUUAAAGAAACGAGUAGGAACCAGGUUGCGGCGUAAGUCUGCCGGGCCCGCUUCUCUGGAUUGGUGUAGCUGACUUCAUUUUGUAAUUCAGCGGUCAAGUUGAAGAAGUCGGUACCUAUAAAAAUCAUUUCCGAAUGAGUUGGGGGCAGAAACGAAAGAAUUGGAAUUGUAUUUUUUAGAAAAUCCUACAGCUUUAACCUGAUUUUCCUACAGCUUUAACCUGAUUUUAAACAAAACCCAGACAGAAACGAGCAGAUUAUUUUUUUAAGUUUACAUACGGUCUCUGGAUAAAAACCUCGGUGGUUUCUGAACAUAAAGAGCCAAGAAUCUUGCAUAUAUCUUAUAAAAUUAUGUUGUUUCGUGAAAUUUUUUCCCUCAUGUCAAAAUAGUUGGUCAAACAGUAGUAUUUUUCGAAUUGCUUACUAAAAUAUGCCAUCCAUCCUUGACGCAUGUUGGCGAUAAAAUAUAACAGUCCACCGAACAAGAACAUGUAUUGCAUGUCGUACAAACCUUCUGGGGCACCAAAACCGAGGCAGUACCGCUCGGAAUCUGCAAUGAAAAUCUUAAAGUUUUGAAUCAAAAAUAUAACCCAGGCGUUCAAUAACGCUCGUAGAAUUAUUCUCCUUAAAUCAACUUUCACACAAAAAAAGCUCACCUAUGCCUUGAACAGGCUGAGAGCGUUCUAGAGUUCGCUAUGAAAACCGAUUUUGUAUUCUGCAGCCUCCUCGCAAUGCGCCAAAGAGGCGAGAUCUUAUUAGCGCUGUAUGUUUCUUCUUCUUUCUGUCUGUUAUCGGCGUUAGCAACAUUAAUAAACGAUGCAAAAACAUUGAUUAUGUGCUCUUGCGGUGCCAAACAUCUUACUAAAGGGAAUAAUGUAAGCUUCCGAUCAAAUUAUAUGCAAUCAUUUCAACGUUUGGAUUCGUUAAAAUGAUUUCAGACUCCUGAAGAUUGCCAAGACAACAACAAAUUACCAUCUUGGAUAGAUUUUGAUCUUCGUUAUGUCAUUUUAUCCAUGGACUCCGACAGAUAUCGAACGUGUCGUGAAGAGAUCACAAGGAGGUGCAUGCGUUUACAGGUAUAAAAUUUUAUUAAUGGAAUAAUUGGAAACCUCAGACGAGAAUGGUAUAUAUUUUCUACUUCCUACGCAGAAUGUUAUACUUAACUUUUUCAAGAAAAUAAAACAAAUAAUCAGAUGUGGCAGGGUGGCCGCGGCUUUGGAAAUUUUGAAAAGGGCCGGACCGAACAUUCUGUUCUCAAGGUAUUUUCAGCAAAAAUUUUUUGUUUUUGGAAGAAAAAGCGGUUUGUAAGACAGGAAAACCUCAUUUAUUACUUAGAAACAUGUUGGCAAUGGCAAAAUCCAUCAAAAAAGUUUUUAAAAGUUCACUUUUAGUCAAGCUUGAACAGUGUUUCACUAUUUUUCGACUUAUUUAAUAUAAAAUAUUUUUUCAUUUCAAAUCGACGGCCUUCCAUUGGCUUAAACCUGUAUAUUCGAAAGGAUCUUGGUCUCUUCUUAUAAAUGGGCAACCGGCUCAAUUUAUUACCAAUAACGAUCAAAAAUUGGAGAAUUUCAUCCAGAUGUCAUGGAUAACAUGAUUUAAUUUCUCAAAUGCUUUACAUUGGUUUUUCCCCGGAUCUAACAAUGGUUUUGAGAAUCAAACGACCUAUCUGAUGUUUUCAAUUUACUUUCACGGCCUGCUUACCUAUUAUUGAAUUUUCCAUCUUCGAAAAUCUGAAAAAAUGUUUAAAAAAAACAUUCCGUUAUCCAAACGAGUUAAAAAAAGAUAUGAAAACGAAAAAACACAAUUAAAAGAAAUUUCUUGACCGUCAUAAUCAAACACUAACCCCAUUUCCAGGGCUUUCUGAGCAACGGCCUCGACCUUGGUCGCGAGCUUCGUCGCGACCUGACAUGAAAAACACGUCUUAAACAUCAUAAUCAACCAUUAACCCCAUUUCCGGGGUUUUUGAGCAACCAUCUUGACCUUUGUCGCUAGCUUCGUCGCGACCUGACAUAAAAAACACGUCUUAAACAUCAUAGUCAGCGACUAACCCCAAAAAAUAAACCCGAUACUCGAAAUCAGCACCCUCGAAAACCUCUAAAUCGAGUAUUUUUUGAAAAAUUUUUAAAAAUUACUUUUUAACACCACUAGUUAAGGAAAACUAGUAAGUUUCAGAAAAAAUGAACAUGAUAUUCGAAAUCAGCACCCUCGAAAACCCCUAAAUCGAGUAUUUAACGUCAAAAGCGAUAUUUUGACUUCGUACUAUAUAGUAUCAGACAGUACUAUAUAGCACCAAGCUUUUAAAACGUGUUUUUGAAGAGUACUAAGCAUCAAAACAACACCAUUAACGUUAAAAGCGAUAUUUUGACUUCGUACUAUAUAGUAUCAGACAGUACUAUAUAGCACCAAGCUUUUAAAACGUGUUUUUGAAGAGUACUAAGCAUCAAAACAACACCAUUAACGUUAAAAGCGAUAUUUUGACUUCGUACUAUAUAGUAUCAGACAGUACUAUAUAGCACCAAGCCUUUAAAACGUGUUUUUGAAGAGUACCAAGCAUCAAAACAACAGCAUUAACGUCAAAAGCGAUAUUUUGACUUCGUACUAUAUAGUAUCAGACAGUACUAUAUAGCACCAAGCCUUUAAAACGUGUUUUUGAAGAGUACUAAGCAUCAAAACAACAGCAUUAACGUCAAAAGCGAUAUUUUGACUUCGUACUAUAUAGUAUCAGACAGUACUAUAUAGCACCAAGCCUUUAAAACGUGUUUUUGAAGAGUACUAAGCAUCAAAACAACACCAUUAACGUCAAAAGCGAUAUUUUGACUUCGUACUAUAUAGUAUCAGACAGUACUAUAUAGCACCAAGCCUUUAAAACGUGUUUUUGAAGAGUACUAAGCAUCAAAACAACACCAUUAACGUCAAAAGCGAUAUUUUGACUUCGUACUAUAUAGUAUCAGACAGUACUAUAUAGCACCAAGCCUUUAAAACGUGUUUUUGAAGAGUACUAAGCAUCAAAACAACACCAUUAACGUCAAAAGCGAUAUUUUGACUUCGUACUAUAUAGUAUCAGACAGUACUAUGUAGUACUAGAGGAAAAAUUAACAUCAUUUUCGAAAUCGGCACCCUCGAAAACCCCUAAAUCGAGUAUUUAACGUCAAAAGCGGUAUUUUCACUUCGUACUAUAUAGUAUCAGACAGCACUAUGUAGUACUAGAGGAAAAUAAACAUCAUUUUCGAAAUCAGCACCCUCGAAAACCCCUAAAGCAAGUUUUUCCCGAAGAGAAUCAAGGAAUUUUCAUCCCGGGGUCGCUUUACCCCAUUUUGGGUCGCAAUCGAUGCGGGGUCGCAAUCGAUGCGAGGUCGCAAUCGAGCGGGGUCGCAAUCGAAGGAUUCCUACUAUCAGUCUGGCCGAAAAAGAACCGGCCUCCCCGAACCCUUCCGUCGCACUCACUCCAAACCCCAAUUUGCACCGCGCAGAAAUUUGGAGGACGUCGCCGAAGAAAAGAGCAAAAACAACGCAUCGCCAGCGAUAAAAAUGGGUUUUGCACAGUGCAAAUGCCCUUUUUCUGCUGUUUCGCACUGUGCAAUCAAGAAAAUUCCCACAAAUUCAGCGAUCUUUCGAUGUCGCGCGCACUUUUGCGAUGCAUCGCAAAAACAUUCAAUUUCGAGGUUGCGAUUUCGAGGCGCGAGGGGGGCCGGUUCUUUUUCGGCCAGACUGAUACUAGUCGCGACAUAAAGUCCUGACACAUUUUGCACCGUGCGAAAGUUCGGGGUUUGGACGUCGCACCGCGCAUUCUUCUUUCAUUUCAUCCGCACGGUGCAUCUUUUUACAUUUGUCGCCGCGAUUUUCCAUUUUUGCACUAGCGACAUGCACUUUCGCACCGUGCUUUCUCUUUCAUUUUCAUCCGCACGGUGCAUCUUUUCGCAUUUCUCGCCGCGAUUUCCCGUUUUUGCACUAGCGACGUGCACUUUCGCGCGCGACAAACCCGAAUUUGGGGGCGCGACGUCCAAACCCCGAACUUUCACACGGUGCAAAAUGUGUCAGGACUUUAUGGCGCGACUAGUACUAGUCCAGCAAAAAAGUCCGCGGAAUGGCUGCACUACGCUGUUCGCGCAUGCACUGUGCAGUUUUCGGCCCGCACAGUGCAAAGUUUCAGGGUGCGCGCGACGGAAUUGGGCGCACGGUGCGAAAAGACGCUGCACAGUGCAAUAAAUUGAGUUCGUUUUGGGUUUGCACGGUGCGCUCGGUUUUGGCCAGAUUUUGGUGGCGGCGCACGGUGCGGUUGGCUCCCCGAUUGAAUGCACAGUGCGGAUAUAAAAUUACGUACGGCUUGGUUUAGGAGGGUAAUAACUGUAGUAAAUCGGGACAUUGCUUGACUAAAAUACAUGAUAAUUAUAAAAUAAUGGUUGCAGAAAGGAUUGUGAAUUUACUGGCGUUUUUUAUUGUUGUUUCAAACCAAAAAUGUUGUCAUACAGUAAUUUUAACGCCUUUUGAGUGCUGUUUUUUGCUAAAAAAUACUUUAUUUUAAUUUUACAAGGAUGUUGACAACUUUAGUGACUCAAUAAUCAAUUUUAAGAAUUUCAAGUGGAAAUUUACCAUCAUUAAUGCAACAUUACACAGUAAAAAUCUCAAUUUCCGAAAGACCGCACAGUGCAAACCACAAUCAAUUUUAGGUCUGCACUGUGCAGACGGCCGAGAAUUGCAUGCUCCCCGCACUGUGCAAGCAAAAAAACCCCAAAAGAACGAACGAUUUCCGAAGCGGCAGCCCCAAUUUCGGCGACAUGUCGCAGAAAUUUCGAUUUUCAUUCGAAAAUCGCUGCGAUUUCGCAAGCGAAACGGAAUUCCAGGAUGCACUGUGCAAAAAGCCCAGAAAUGGCCGCACAGUGCCGAUUUUAGCCCUUUGCACUGUGCAAAGUCAAAAUGCACCGUGCGAAAAGUCUGUCGCGGGGGUAUGCACUGUGCUGAUUCAAACUGCACAGUGCGGGGUGCGAAAUCCAUUCCGCGGACUUUUUUGCUGGACUAGUACUAUUAGCAUUUUCACGAAGUGCCUGGACAUCAUUUCGCUUUCGCACAGUGCAUCUUGAACCUUUGUCGCCAACGCACUGUGAACUUUCCCGUUUGCGCACCGUGCAAACCUCAAAAAAGCCGAUUGCACUGUGCACAUUCUCGCGGAGGCGCAGUUGAGAAAAGCUUACGUCGCAGCGAUAUUUCAAAUGCACAGUGCAAAACCAAAAAAAGGUCAAUGCACGGUGCGAAAAAUCGGGGGCCUUUGUGCACAGUGCGCGUCGCGACAAAUGUCCAGGCACAUUGUGAAAAUGCUAUUAGUCCGUUCGUAAAGUCGCUGGAGUGAUUUUUGGCGCUGUGCAAAAAGCCUUUUGCACGGUGCAAGAAGCAAGAAAUUGCACAGUGCAAAGUGAACUUUUUUUGCAGUAAAUGUUGCAAAAAUCACUCAAGCGACUUUGCGAACAGACUAGUCUAGUUGAAUGGAGUUUUUUAAACAAUCUAUGGGAUGAUUUUCUUGCGAGUUGAAAAAAAAUAAUCGGAAUUUUUUGAUCGAAAAAUUAAAUUUUUUUUUUGAUUUUCAAAUUGAAAAAUUUGGACUUUGUCUAGAAUGAGGAGUAGAAUGUUGAUGUGAAAAAUUAAUUUUUUCCACAAAAAAAUUAGCGGAAAUAUAGCCAAAAAAUGGUUUAUUUUCCGCUGCACUGUGCAGUCAAAAAUUUGAGUUUAUUUUUUGUUGGCACUGUGCAAAAACCUUCAACAAUCAGUUUUUGGGGGUUUUUAUUCAAAUAAAAGGUGUUGCAACAGAUUUUUUCCGCGAUUUAUUGCGAUUUAUCAUGAUUUUUCCCUGAUUUUCCCCCCAUUUUCAGUUCAAUUUGUCCACCACGAUGGUGGGCCUAAUGUUCCUGUUGUGCGGCGGAAUCUACACCCUAACCGCACCCCUGUGGGGCCUGAUCAUCGACCAGUGGAACUGCUGCUACCUCCUGAUGUUCUUCGGAUCCUCGGCGACGGUGGUUUCGAUGCUUUUUGUGGGCCCAUCCCCAAUCUUCCACAUGGAGAAGAACUUGGUCGUAAUCGGGCUGAGUUUGUCGCUGUUUGGAGUGGCCGCCGGCGCAUUGUACAUCCCCACCUUCCAGAACUGCCUCAACGCAGUGAAGUGAGUCGAAAUUUGUGGAUUUUUUGGGGAAAAUUUGAGAUUUUUUGGAAAAAAUUUUGGGUAAAAUAAGGUGAAAAUUAGAUGGAAAAGGGGAAUUUAGGAUGGGAAAUUGUGAAAUACGAAUAGUGGAAGAAUUUUAAAUUGAUUUUAAUCAUUUUUCGAAAAAAAAUCGGAAUUUUUUGGAAAAGUUUUUACCUAAGAUAAGGUAAAUUUUUGUUGAAAGUGGGGGAAAUUUGGAUCGUAAAGUGGCGUAAGAUGGUUCUUCUUUUAGAAAACGAGGAUAUGAAGACAACUUCCAGACCUAUGGCUGCGUCUCCGGUGUUUUCCAGGCCGCGUUUGCCUUUGGGUAAGCGAAUUUUUGGCAAGGAAAGUGCUUCUAUGGGUAUGGAGUUGCGGAUCGAGAAAUAUAUCAAAAAAUCACGAAGUUUUUGUGAUUCAGAAUAUGUAAAAGAUAGCUGCGUAAUUUUGGUUUGUAAGGGCGAAAAACCCCUCAGAACUUGCCUCGCAGCACCAUGUAAAUGCUUUUUUGACCAAGUUUUUACCAAAUCAAACGCUUUGUUUUGAGCUAAAGUAAACUCUGGCAUCUUGAGAAGCCUUAAAAUAUCAAAUUUGAUUAAUACUACACCUUAAUUAGUAGUGCCAAUUUACAGUGACGGACCUGAUCCAGUGGCAAAAAACGUACCAUUUUGCAUCCAGAAAGUAUCAAAAAUGUGGCAAAAUGCCUCCCUCUACAAGUGAAAAAACUCCGAUUUCAAAACCAAGCCCGCUAUUUUUAUUAGGGCCCUGCAAAACGGAGUUUUUUCACUUGGAGAGGGAGGCAUUUUGCCACAUUUUUGAUGCUUUCUGGAUGCAAAAUGGUACGUUUUUUGCCACUGGAUCAGGUCCGUCACUGUAUAUUGGAACUACUAAUUAAGGUGUAGUAUUAAUCAAAUUUGAUAUUUUAAAGCUUGUCAAGACGCCAGAGUUUACUUUAGCUCAAAACAAAGCUUUUGAUUUGGUAAAAACUUGGUCAAAAAAGCAUUUACAUGGUGCUGCGAGAAAAGUUCUGAGGGUUUUUUCACCCUUACAAACCAAAAUUACGCAGCUAUCUUUUACAUACUAUGAAUCAGAAAAAUUUUGCGAUUUUUUGAGAUAUUUCUCGGCCUGUAACUCCAUACCCCAUAAAAGUACUUUCAAGCACUUUUCUUGUGAGUUUUUUUGCGAAAUUUUGGACCUUUUUAUAAUUUUCUUGUCCUCCAGCGCCUUCAUGGGUCCAACGCUGGGCGGGUUCGGCGUUCAGCAGAUUGGGUUCGCGUGGACGACCUCCAUAAUCGCCGUAAUCAAUGUGUUCUUCCUGGUGAUUAUGCUCAUUUUCUUCGCCAUCCGCUGGUACAAGGGCGACAUCGAGGAGGAGUCGGGGUCCGAGAGCUGCGACUCGGCCAGCGAACGCUCGCAGAAGGCAUAA